GGCCAAGACUCAUUCAUGUGAGGUAUCACUGGUGCUUUACAAGGUCAUUGAGUCAAGCACAUCCCGCUCUGGGCGAUAUUUCCGGCUUACAGAUAAUCGUUUGUAUUGCAAGUUCUUUGACUGAAAAAUGCAGGACAAUAACUCGUCAUUCUAAAUAUGACAAAAGAACGUCUAUGUAUAUUCUUUGGUAUGACCACAAGGAACUGUUUCAUCCAAUCACAGCAAACUAUAGAAAGAACGGUCUGUGGGCUCUGUGAUAUUUGGAAUACUUAAAUGUAAGGUACUAAACUGGAGGUUUUUCUUCUUUGAAUUUCUUAAAUAAAAUUUAAAGGAUUUUCAAAUAAAGGACGGAUUUUAGAUCAUAUAUUACUGAGCGAAGAAAAAGCGGAAUUCUCAAACAUGGUCGCUCUUUGGCUUACUGACGGUAGUUCGGUGGAAUAUUUGGAUUUGUGUGCUCCGGAAUUUCAUGAAAAACGAAAUACUACCUUAAUUUAUGCUCUGGAUUUGUGUGUAGCUCCUCGACGAUAUAUUUUAACCAAUGUUCCCACUAAUCGCGAGCGAAUGUGGAGAUAUCAGAAACAAAGUUUUGAACAUGACAGUUUUUUCCCUAAUACGAAACUGAUUCAAGUAUUUACACAACGAUUGGGAGUAAACAUUGCCAAUAUGACUGUGUCAUUCUCUUUCUUCAACGAUUUUAGUGAAGUUAUAUUGCAAAGACUGGCUACGAAAUGGGAGCUAAAGGCAGCUGGACGCUUUUUAAAACAUGUGAAGGCUUACUGUGACUAUGUAGAAAAAUCGUUGUUUCGUGCUUAUUUGUUGUCUAAUCCCUAUUGCGUAACCAUAACAUUUGAGAAACCCCCUGUAUGUUACCGUAGGGAUAGUAGCUUAGCAUUCAUAACUUACGUACAGGAGGAAGCAGCUAGCAAGAUAAUGAAGAUUUUAUUUGAAAACCUUUGUACAGAUUCCAAACUUGUUGCGGGAUUUUUUCAUACAAUGUGCAUACGUGGAUUGACGAUUAGAUUGAGGGCUUUGUUUACAUACGAAGCUAAAGUUCUGGACUAUAUUUUAGAACAUUUGACAAGAGAAAAGUAUGAUAUUUUACAUAUUUUUGACAUUCUUAAUAGAAAAAACAGUAGCGAAAUUCGAAGCAAUCCAGAACAUUUACUUGUACUCCUCAAAUACGGACUGAAGUUUAAAUUUGAGCCUAAUCCGUUAGCUCUCAUCAUGUUUAAUCAGUUUUAUCCAUCUAGGUAUCAGAGGGAAAUUUGGAUUACUCAUAGGGUGUUGGAAACAAGACGAACUGAUCUAAAAGCAAGGGAAGCUGCUAUUAUUGAAGUUUUGGUUAACUUCUUAAACUACAGCGUACCACACUUUGCUGUUUAUUUGGAGUGUUUGCGGUACAUAUGGAGAUCUGUUCCUGAUGCUUUCAUUUCGUACGAGGAAAUGAGAAAUUUGCUUUGCAGAAACGCUAACGCCACAAAUCUAGAAAACAGGUGCGAAGAACUCCAGAAAUGCGAGUUUGAGAGUUUUGAAUCGAUCCUUCAGCCGAGAAGCCUAUUGCAUUAUUCCCGGUGCGUGAUCAGACAAGCACUAAUAUGUAACUCCCAGCUCCCAGGCGGGAUUUCACUUUUGGGUUUGCCUAAGAGAUUGCAAGCCUACUUAAGAUUAGAAUUUUAGUUUCUAUAUGGAUGAAAUAUUCUUGUUUCUGUAAUACAAAAGCAAUUGCAUACGACUAAAAUAUUUUUAUAGUAAUGAAUAAAAUCUGCAUGGAAAUCAUUAUCAAUCUAUGUAUUCUAUAUAGGUGAAUGCACCGAUUAAAAUAUUACGCCUAAUAAAAUGUCUUUGAUGGUGAAACCCAUUCAUCUGAAUAUUAAAAAAUUAAUUAAACUUUUUGAAAUAAA